AUCGUCAGCAUCAGUUUGAAGUCAAAUCUGACAGCCGCUGCCUUUCCCGGUCCUUUAACGGUCUCUUUUACUCUCUGGUGGUCAUCCCGCCUCAUUUAAGAGUUCAGUCGGGACUGUGGGACCGCAUCUGAUCGCUGUCUUCAACUUGGGGCGAAGAAAGACACGGGAAACUCCUCGGGAUUCUCCAUACACCGUGCGCUGAUCUGGAUAUUGUGUUUGAAGUGCUGAAGUGCUUCUUAAGGAGAAUUCUGGGGAGAUUUCUUACUCUUUCAUUCCUCAAGGAUGAAGCAGCGCAGUGUGUCUGUGCACUGAAACAGCUCCCACUUUCAAACUUCAUGUGACAGGAUGAACCAUGAGCAAAGGUUGUGAGAGCCUGUUUCUAUUGUCCUGUUGUACAGUGAGGCAGUGAGCUCACGGCUGAUACAGCAUGCAUGUGUCGACAUAUCCCAUGAUGCACUCCUGUCCAGGCCUGCUCCUCCUCAGCUUCCUCUUCCUCGCUGAUGCUGACACACCCCCUAGAUUCACACGAACCCCAGAGGACCAGACAGGAGUCCAGGGGGGAGUCGCUUCCUUUGUGUGCCAGGCCACAGGAGAUCCACAGCCCAAGAUUGUCUGGAACAAGAAAGGCAAAAAAGUCAGCAACCAGCGAUUUGAGGUUAUAGAGUUUGAUGAUGGAUCCGGCUCAGUCCUGAGGAUCCAGCCGCUGAGGACCCCCAGAGACGAGGCAGUUUAUGAAUGUCACGCCUCCAGCUCUGCAGGAGAGAUUACUGCCACUGCCAGACUCACUGUGUUACGAGAGGAUCAGCUGCCCUCAGGGUUUCCCACCAUUGACAUGGGCCCCCAGCUGAAAGUGGUGGAGCGUUCUCGGACUGCCACUAUGCUAUGCGCCGCUAGCGGCAACCCUGACCCAGAAAUUACCUGGUUCAAGGAUUUCCUCCCGGUCAACACGUCCAAUAACAAUGGAAGAAUCAAGCAGCUCCGCUCAGAGUCCUUUGGUGGCACGCCCAUACGAGGUGCCCUCCAGAUAGAGAUGAGUGAGGAGUCAGACCAGGGGAAGUAUGAGUGUGUUGCUACCAACAGGGAUGGGACACGUUAUUCCACCCCAGCUAACCUUUAUGUAAGAGAGCUGCGAGAAGUGCGCCGUGUCCCCCCUCGCUUUUCCAUUCCUCCGGCGGAUAGCGAAAUCAUGCCAGGAGGGAACGUCAACAUCACCUGCGUGGCGGUAGGCUCACCCAUGCCAUAUGUGAAAUGGAUGCUGGGAGCAGAAGACCUGACGCCAGAGGAUGACAUGCCCAUUGGCCGCAAUGUACUAGAACUGACUGACGUACGCCAGUCCAACAAUUACACGUGCGUUGCCAUGUCAACGCUAGGUGUGAUUGAGGCAGUGGCACAGAUUAUAGUUAAAGCUUUGCCAAAGGCUCCUGGCACCCCUGUGGUGACAGAGAGAACUGCAACAAGCAUCACUCUCACCUGGGAUUCUGGAAACCCUGAACCCGUCUCUUACUAUAUCAUACAGCAUCGCGCCAAAGGCUCAGAGGACCCCUAUAAAGAGAUUGAUGGCAUUGCUACAACACGCUAUAGUGUGGGCGGCCUGAGUCCUUACUCUCACUAUGACUUUCGGGUGGCAGCUGUCAACACCAUUGGUCAGGGCCCCUCCAGCGAGGUGGUGGAGGCUCGCACAGCUGAGCAGGCCCCCUCCUCGCCUCCUCGCCAGGUCAUAGGUCGGAUGCUGAGCGCCACAACAGCAAUGAUCCACUGGGAUGAGCCUGAGGAACCUAAUGGACAGGUGGUCGGUUACAGAGUGUACUACACCUCUGACAAUUCGCUGCCAGUCAACCAGUGGGAGAAACAGAUGGUGCGUGGAUCCAGCUUCAUCACCAUCCAGGAUUUGACUCCUAACAAGACUUAUUACAUCCGAGUACUGGCCUUUACCUCUGUAGGAGAUGGCCCCUUGUCCCAGGACCUGCAGAUUAUAGCCAAAACUGGAGUUCCUUCUCAACCAUUAGAUUUUAAGGGUGAGGCAAAGUCUGAGACCAGUAUCCUGUUGUCCUGGGUGGCUCCAACAACCCAGGGUGGCCCAGAUAACCAGAUUACAGGAUAUGAACUUGUUUACAGACGAGCUGACGACAUAGAAGAGAAAAAAGUGAGCUUUGAGCCCGCCACAUCCUACCUGCUCAAGAACUUGAAGCCCUUUUCCACCUACACCUUCCAGCUAGCUGCCAAAAGCAAAAAUGGAAUUGGGGCAUAUACCAAUGAAGUGUCCAUUGACACACCACAGACACUUCCUUCAGCACCUCCCCAGGACAUCAAAUGCACCAGUCCCAGUUCUACCAGCGUCCUGGUAAGUUGGGCACCACCACCUGUGGAGUUUCAGAACGGCAUCAUUACAGGAUACUCCAUCCAGUAUGCCACUACAGAGGGCAACAAAACAUCAAAAAGAAUUGAUGGAAUUUCUCCGGAAAGUUCUCCGUAUCUCCUGGAAAACCUAGAGAAAUGGACUGAGUACGGCAUAACCGUGAGGGCACAGACGGAAGCUGGGGAUGGACCAGAAAGUUUACAGCUUCUUAUCCGCACUGAGGAAGAUGUUCCAAGUGGUCCUCCGCGAGGGGUGGAGGCAGAAACUGUGAACGCCUCGGCUGUUAGAGUGAAAUGGCGAGCCCCUGCACCUGAAAGACAGCACGGUCUGAUCCGAGGCUACCAAGUCCAUUAUGUGAGGAUGAACUACGGAGAACCUCAGGGUCAGCCCUUCAUCAAGGACAUCCUCAUAGAUGACUCACAGUGGGAAUACGAUGACUCAACAGUAUAUGAAGUGGUGCUUGGGGACCUGAAGGCAGAUACUGCCUACUCUGUAUCAGUAGGGGCUUACACUGCCAAGGGCGAUGGCGCUCGCAGCAAACCUGUUACUGUGUGCACCGCCCCGCCAUUGCCCGAGAAGCCCAAAUUGCUAGUGAGUGCCACUGACUCAGGUACGGCCCUGCUUCAGUGGUACCCCCCUCCCAGUCCACCCACCCCGCUCCUGGGGUACCGCCUCACCUUCGGCCGCGUUGACGUUCUACCUUUUACAGUGGUUGAGUUUCCCCCCAAGGAAAACCGCUACACUGCCCAGGAUAUCCACAAGGGUGCUAACUAUGUGUUCAGACUGUCAGCCCGCAACAAAAUGGGCUAUGGAGAAGAGGCUGUAAAAGAGGUGACUACUCCAGAAGACGUCCCGAGUGGAUAUCCAGAAAAUAUUAUCUCAGAAGAGGCGUCUGCCACCUCGCUUCAGCUGGCGUGGAAAACAGUCCCGCUGAUUGAGCAAAAUGGGAAAAUUUUGAAAUACUCAGUGCUAUACAAGGAUAUAAACAGUCGGGGAAACGCUACAGAGGUUGUGGUGCCCACUCAAAGGUCGAGUGUUUUGUUGGAGGGUCUGAGUGCCGAUACUGUGUAUGAUGUCAGGGUGUGUGCGUUCACAGCUGUCGGUCCUGGGCCUUACAGCCCCAGUGUCCAAUUUAGGACCCAACGGCUAGACCAAGUUUUUGCCACCAACUUCAGAGUAAAAGCCUCCAUGAAGAACUCUGUCCUGCUGUCCUGGGAGAUCCGUGAUAAGAACCCUGCCCAGCCGUUCACUAUCCUGUAUGGGAAGGGCCAGUCUGUGGAAGUGGAUGGCAAACAAACUCAGAAGCUGAUCACUGGUUUGGAGCCAGACACUCAGUACUCUUUUCUGCUAACCAACCGAGCCAACAGCGCUGGGGGCCUGCAGCACCGUGUCACUACUACCACCGCUCCAGACAUCCUGAAAACCAAACCUAUUGUAGUGGGAAAGACUAAUGCAGAUGGCAUGGUGACUGUGCAGCUACCGACUGUACAGACCACAGCUAAAGUCAGGGGUUAUUUUGUGGUAGUGGUGCCACUGAAGAAACAGAGAGGGGGGAAAUUCUUGAAUCCUUGGGAGGACCCUGACCAAAUGAACCUGGAUGAGCUCCUCAGAGAGAUCAACAGAACCAGCGUCAGCCGAGCCCUUCGCAUCCGCAGACAGGCUAGCCAGUCAGAUCCCAGGGCUUAUGUCACAGCUCACUUCAAGACUCUGCCCCUUGAAUUCACAUUAGGGGACGGCCGAAACUACGGCGACUUUCGCAACCGUCCACUGCAGAACGGACAAGACUAUGUUUUCUUUGUGCUGGCGCUGCUCGACCUCUCCGAGAAUACUAUGUAUUCAACCAGCCCUUACUCUGAUCCUGUGACAUCAUCAUAUGUCGAUCCUCAACCAAUUGUUGAUGAGGAGGAGGGUCUUUUGUGGGUGGUGGGGCCUGUGCUGGCUGUGAUCUUCAUUGUCUGCAUCGUCAUUGCCAUUCUCCUCUUCAAGAGCAAACCUGACAGGAAAAGAGCCGAGGCUGAAGGAAGAAAGGGCAGUUUUCCCUGCAGCAAAGCGAUGUCCUCCCACCAUCCCACUGAUCCUGUGGAGCUACGCAGAAUCAACUUCCAGACUCCAGGCAUGGCAAGUCACCCGCCCGUCCCCAUCUCUGAGCUGGCAGAUCACAUUGAGCGCCUCAAGGCAAAUGACAAUCUCAAGUUCUCUCAAGAGUACGAGUCAGUCGAUCCUGGUCAACAGUUCACGUGGGAGAACUCAAACUUGGAGGUCAACAAACCAAAGAACCGCUACGCGAACGUCAUUGCCUACGAUCACUCCAGAGUUAUACUCUCCAGCAUCGAGGGUGUCCCGGGCAGUGACUACAUCAACGCUAACUAUAUUGAUGGCUACCGCCGUCAGAAUGCCUAUAUUGCCACUCAGGGCGCCCUUCCCGAGACCUUCGGGGACUUCUGGAGGAUGGUCUGGGAGCAGCACACAGCCAACAUCAUCAUGAUGACCAAGCUGGAAGAGAAAUCACGGAUGCCCUCUUAUUUCUUCUCUAAGGUAAAGUGCGAUCAGUACUGGCCAACACGUGGCACAGAGACCUACGGCCUGAUCCAGGUCACUCUGCUUGACACGGUGGAGCUGGCCACCUACUCUGUCAGGACCUUCGCUCUUUACAAGAGCGGCUCCAAUGAGAAGCGUGAAGUCCGUCACUUCCAGUUUACAGCCUGGCCAGACCACGGGGUGCCUGAACAUCCCACCCCCUUCCUGGCCUUCCUUCGCCGGGUCAAGGCCUGCAAUCCUCCAGAUGCGGGACCCAUGGUUGUCCAUUGCAGUGCUGGAGUGGGCCGCACUGGCUGUUUCAUCGUGAUCGAUGCCAUGACAGAGCGAAUCAAGCAUGAGAAGACCAUCGACAUCUACGGUCAUGUCACGCUGAUGCGCUCCGAGAGGAACUACAUGGUGCAGACGGAAGACCAGUACAUCUUCAUUCACGAUGCACUGCUGGAGGCGGUGACCUGCGGGAACACCGAAGUCCCUGCGAGGAACCUGUACUCCUACAUCCAGAGGCUGACGCAGAUUGAACCAGGAGAAAAUGUCACCGGCAUGGAGCUGGAGUUCAAGCGUCUGGCCAGUGCCAAGGCCCACACAUCACGGUUUGUGAGUGCCAAUCUGCCGUGCAACAAGUUCAAAAACCGGCUGGUGAACAUCAUGCCCUACGAGACCACGCGUGUGUGUCUGCAGCCAAUCAGAGGAGUGGAAGGAUCCGACUACAUCAAUGCCAGCUUCAUUGAUGGAUACAGACAGCAGAAGGCCUAUAUAGCAACCCAGGGCCCACUGGCUGAGACCACAGAGGACUACUGGAGGAUGCUGUGGGAACAUAACUCCACCAUUGUUGUCAUGCUAACCAAACUGAGAGAAAUGGGACGGGAGAAGUGUCACCAGUACUGGCCUGCAGAGCGCUCAGCCAGGUACCAGUACUUUGUGGUGGAUCCCAUGGCUGAGUACAACAUGCCCCAGUACAUCUUGAGAGAGUUCAAAGUCACUGAUGCCAGGGAUGGCCAGUCACGGACAGUUCGUCAGUUCCAGUUCACAGACUGGCCCGAGCAAGGAGUGCCAAAGUCAGGAGAAGGAUUUAUUGAUUUUAUUGGCCAAGUGCAUAAAACUAAAGAACAGUUUGGCCAGGACGGGCCAAUUACUGUGCACUGCAGUGCUGGUGUAGGAAGGACCGGUGUGUUCAUCACCCUCAGCAUCGUGCUAGAGAGGAUGAGGUACGAGGGAGUGGUGGAUAUCUUCCAGACUGUCAAGAUGCUGCGCACCCAGAGACCAGCCACCGUUCAGACAGAGGACCAGUACCAGUUCUGCUACCGCGCCAGUCUGGAGUACCUGGGAAGCUUUGAUCACUAUGCAACAUAAACCCAGUGGCUGUCGAUCAUGCGCACGUUCAACCGAGUGCAUUUUUCUCAUGUUAUGCACAGCCAGAAUAAAUGCACUAGGUUGCGAUGUGCAGGUAUGAAGACUUUGCCACUGCAUGCAGAGUGAAGGGGGACCAUCGGCUUAUCCGUACCCAGAAACAGCACCUCUAACUGAGCCAUAGCAACCUGCUUGACAAGGGUGUUUUCCUGCCACCCUCAGCCCAAACACACCCAUUGGUCAGUCUGAAGCAGCAACUUCAACCACUGUUCCAAUCAGAAUACUUGAUCAAAUAUAGAUUUUUUCUUCUUUUUUUUUUUAUUCGUUUCAGUGCUUUUCCGAGCACCCAGAUUGCGUUUUUUGUUGUUUGGGUGUGGAACUCUCACCUCGUCCACCACCAGUGUAGCAUCACCAACCUAAAUACAGGACCCAGCUACAGCAUUUUUUUCUGUCACAGGAAAUUUCGAUUUUCCUAUCUCGAGGACAGUUCAGAAGGAGACUACAAAUCCAUCUUAUGGAAACCUCGUGGACAAGAAAGAACUGGGAUAUCAAGCACCAGAGAAUUGCCAACAGGAGCCUGAAAACACAGAGCACACAGUAUUAAAAAGACCAAGAACACGCAACUUAAAAAAAAAAGACACAAGAAGUGUGGGUUGGUUUUUUUUCUGUCUUAUUUUGGAAACAGACUCUUGUUUCCUGUGAAUGAAAAAGAAGACAUUUCUACCAUACAGUAAUAAACACCACCAGUUCAACCUUAUGCUUCACGAUUUAAGAUAAGGGAAGGUUUACUGAGGUCUAAAAAUGCAUACUGCAAAGUAAAACAUUAAUUUAGUUUUCUAGAAAAAUAUGUGACUAUAUUGUUUUUUAAAAACUGGAUAUUCCAUAUGGCACGUUCUGUUUUUCCAUUCUUAUAGGUUUAUGAUUUUGUCACCGUUGACCAUACACGGGCAAAGUUGCAUUUUUUUUUCUGUGUAAUCCAAUGAGCUGUAGCCAUUUUCUUUUUCUUUUGUUAAAGUGAUACGGUACUGUUUUAAAGUGUACAAUCAAAUCCAGUGUGGAAAAUGUUCGCAGUUCUAUGAAAAAAAAUCGAGUGUCACUCUCCUGUAUUCUCCACCCACACGUUUCGCAUGCACACAGGACUCUCAGCCUCAUUACUGUCUCACUUGCGACGUUUAAAGACGCGAAGACGGUAAUUUCUCAAUUCCCGAGGGCCCGCCGUGGUACAGUAUUAACACUCCUGCUACCAGAAAGUCCCGAGAAUAAUCCCGCCACGUUGUUCUGCGCGUAGCCCGAAAGAAAGCUGGGCGGACCACGAGUGAAGCUAGUAAGCGCGGAGAGCAGACGAAAUAUUAGGUGUCCAAAUAAGCUUCAUUAAGAUUUCCUAAGCAGAGAGCGAGACGAGCGAGCAGGAAAGGGGUGGGAAAAGGAAAACAAUUUUCUUACUGGAAUGCUCACCGUCGACUUUUCUCUGUGUCUGAUUCAGUGUGCAAUAAGUAGAUGUAUUAUAUAUUUUUGUGUCAAGUCACUAACUGCAGUUAUAUGCCAUGAUGAUGAUGACGGUGAUGAUGACGACGAUAAUACUGAUGAUGGUGCAUCAUUUUCCAGACACAAGGAUGUUACACUUGAUGUUCCCUCCACCAUUUAAAAGUGUUAGAGAAAUAACCUCUGACCUCUUAGGAAGUCGAUUUUUUUUUAAUCAAGUCACAUGUCCAGUAGAUGAUGUCAUCCUUCUUUGUGUCACGGCGAGCAACGAAUGAUCGAAGUCAUAUUACAAACUGCAUCUAAUAAGUAUUUUAAUUUUAGAUUUCUAGUGCCUUAUAUUACACGCCUAUUUUGAUAAAGUUACUUUAAAGGGUUUUUGUGUAUUUUAUGUAUGCUUGUCUGCGUGUGUGAACCGAAUGUGUGUGUGUGUUUUUGUUAUGUUACAGUAUGUGAAAAAGUAUUUUGUGGGAUUUUUUUUUUGGUUUGUUUUGUUCUUUUUUUGUUCUUUUUUGUUCUUUUUGGCUGUGAAAUUUUGAAUGGAAGGGUUUGUGUAGGCUGGACAGUUGUACUCACAUUUUAAACCCAGCAACUGCAUCAUCAUAUCUCUUUUCAUUCAAAAGAAAAUAAGCAUAUGUUACAAGAGACUCGACUGCAGAAAAAAUGUGGUUUUAAAGUAGGUUAUUAGCAAGACAGACUGAUCAUUUUUUAAGGUUCUACGUCAAGCUUUCCAUCUUUUCCUCACAGGACACUUACACAGGCUUUGUGGAUAUACUGUCAUUAUGGACACUUUUCUUUUACCCGCCAUGAAAUUUUGGUGCAGACUUUGAGCUGGCUCGAACAAGUCAUACUUGCUCGGCUGUAUAGAAAUCUGUAAAAGCUGAAUGGCUCUUUGUCAGUCUGUUCGAAAGGAGGAGCAUCAGCCCGCAAGAGUAUGCUUAAGUAUCCCACCUGAAGCCAUUUACCUAAAAUCAGUCAGAGUAGGUCAUCUGUGUUCCUCAUUCUGCUGUUCCGCAUUUUUCCUUUUCUUUCAAAAACGAAGGCUGAGAGAAGUUCAGGUGCUAUGUCUCCGCUGACACAGAACCUACAGUAUAUACUCAUUUUUUUGUAAGUCCAUUAACUCUCGGCCAUAUGAGGGAUUGUUGACAGUUUUCCACCAUCUUAAAGUAACCUUGUUGUUGUUUGUAUGCAUGGUACCACUUUCGAGAUGCCCCUUUGGUCGCACCUGUUACGGGAAGACUUGCACUUUCUCUCUUUGUACUAUGCACUAAUAUUUAGUAUCCUGUUAACUCCGAUAGCCCCGGCCUCCCCCCCCCCUCAAAAAAAGGAGUCUUACUUGAACUCAGCAAAGAUGGACCCUGCAAUGCUCACACGGUUGUGUAUAUGUAAAUAACACAAAACACA